AUGAGUAAUAUCUUCAACCCCUUUAAGAACCGUUUGCUAAUGUUGAUGAUGCUUCUUUCUCUCCCCUUCAACGCUGAAGCUCAAGAUAGAGAAGAUCAGAACCUGCCACAGUUGCCUCAAACUGUUCAUCCAAGCAAGGGGAUUGUAAUAGCAGUGCUCUCCACAAUGUUUGCCAUAACACUUCUCUUACUUUUCUACGUCAAGUUCUGUCGAGUUAGCCCUCACCGACUUCUCAACCCAAACCAAGGUCUCCAAAACUUUCACAGUCUCACUCGAUCAAGGUCUAGAGUUUCGGGGAUAGACAAACAAGUAAUCCAGACACUCCCUUUCUUCAAUUUUUCUUCCCUUAAGGGAUCCAAACAAGGCCUAGAAUGCACCGUUUGCCUAUCCAAAUUCGAAGAAACAGAGAUUCUAAGACUGCUUCCAAAGUGCAAACAUGCUUUCCACAUGGAUUGCAUUGACAAGUGGCUUGAAAGCCACUCUACAUGCCCUCUUUGCAGGCAAAGGGUUGAAGCAGGGGACAUCAAAAACCUCAACUUUUCCCUGAGCACAAGUUUCCUACGAGUUCCUUCUAAUUUAACUGAGGACCCAAGUCUUGAAAUCUUUGUCCAGAGAGAACCAUCUCAUAGAGGGUUUAACAAUGGAAGUGGGUUUUGGGAGAAGAGGGUCAUCAACCAUAGAAUAGUUAUCUCUGAUGUUGUGGCGAGAAGCAGGUGGAGUGAUCUUAAUUCUUCGGACAUGUUAUCGUUGAACUGUGAGAUGCUAAAUGAUAUGUGCAGUGCGAGAUUCUCUCCUUUAGAAUCCACCAACAGUGAAGACUUUCAAGGAACUUUAAGCCUUCUCUCUAGUUCCAAUGAGAGAGAGAAGAGGUCCAUGUCAGAGAUUGCUAAGGUUCCAAGGUUUGCAGAAAUCAGAGAGAGUGAAAGUGAAGAGAGGUUGUGGAAAAUUUGGUUGCCAAUUGCGAGAAGAACAGUGCAGCGGUUUGCAAGACAAGAAGGGAAUUCAAUUGAAUUAGAACAUAAACCUUUGCCUUCCAACGUUCGAUCUCUGUAA